GCUUAACUUAAAGGUUAUUUUCUACACUUAUCUGAAACUUUCAGAAGUAGGAUUCUUUGCACCUGUGAAAAAAUGUUGUGCAUGCAGCUUUAUUAAAGUUUAUUGUUUAUUCAGUAUUCCCUGAAUAAACAACACCAUUAAUGUGAUCAAAGCAGUUGCAGAUGUUUUACAAAAUUCCAAUAAAAAAAAAAAAUGAAAUGUUUCCGAGGUUUGGGAAAAAAAUCUCACGAUUUACAUCCACAACAUGAUGCAUGAUGGAAUACGUUUAGCCUUGAAUACCGCUCCAAAGCAGUAUUCGAGAAAGGCCCUGUCCCAAAUGGGGCACUUCAUUUGGACUUUCGGUCUCGUGGCCUUAAAUUGUGCGUGCUCGCUUAGUCUACAAGUCCGUAGGGUGUCCCAUCUGUCAUUUUUACGCUUCGAAGUGCGCUCAUCAGCGUCCCCCUUGCACCCUUGAUGCUGUCUUUUGUGAAGCCCGCACUGCAGAAGGCUUCGCACACUUCACCAACCCAGAAGUCCUUGCGAAAGAGCAAUCAGACUAAUCAGAUGACGAAAGGUAAGAGUUCACACUGAUGGACAACUUCUCUUCCUAUUUCUGGGGUGACGCUCAAAAUACGAUUCCCUCGUGGACUCGUGCCAAGGCUCCCUAAGGUCUGCACUACAUGAUGUCAUCAAAGUGUGCACUCUGAGGAAGUCCAUAAGUCCGGGGUGUGCCAUUUGGGACAGGGCCUAAGUGUGGGUUUAGUGUGGUUUAAGGCUAUGGUUUAAGGGCACUGCACUUUGGCAAUUUUAAGACAUGGGACAGUCUUGCACACUUACUUCCUGUCACGUGCACGCGCUCUCAAGUGACCAAAACCAUAAGUGUGGGUAUUUGGAUGCAGCGGAUGUUGUGUUUGUCCCGCCUCUCCUCCAGUGUGAUUUGACAAAUUCACAUAUUAACAAUUGUUUUACAAUGUUUGUAAGGACCUAAAUUAAUAUGCAUAUUUGUCUUUUUAGCCAAUGGGGGGGGGGGCUGAACUCUGAUCCCAAACUCCUGUGAGAAGAACCCUAUGGCAUGGUGGGAAAUUUACCAUUUGAAGUUUACCUUCAAAAGAUGUAGUGAUGCUUUCCUUUCCCAGAAAGCAUGUGAAACUUGAAAAUCUCUAUAUUCUUCUCUUUUCUUUAGUGAUGAUUUGAAACGAUGCAAACAGAAACAGAAGAAUACAGGGAAAGAAUUCGUCAAAAUAAGCUUUUUCUUAUUGCCACCUUACAAGAAGAUGUCAACUUCGUCUUGCAGUUUGUGCAGGAAAAUAAACUCAUCACUGACCGCGAGUACAAUCACUUAAAAGAUGUUCGGAGGAAUGAAGGUGGAGAGAGCACAGUCAUAACCUUACUUGACAAACUCAGGGGCAAGGGGGAGGAAACCUGCAAAAAAUUCACAGAGGUUUUGGGACAGAUUGAUAUAUUAGAGACUUUUCCAACGUUGAAGAAUCAUCCAGUUCUUGGUACAGACAACCUGUUUAAAGAUACCUCAAAGCUCAGCAUUGACCUUCAACAGAAGCUUUGCAAGAUCUGUAAGGAGUUGACCCGCGUUAAUGUGGCUGAGCUAAAGUUUCUGUGUACAGACCUGGAUUGCAAAAAGCAAUUGGAGACUGUGAGUAAUGCAAAAGGCCUCUUCUUUAAAUUGGAUGAGCAGGAACUGCUCGAUGAUGAGCUCCUCCUACCUGAGCUGCUGUACAGAAUCGGGCGCCUUGACAUGCUUGUCAUCCUUGGCAUAUCCAAAGAGCAGGUGGAGGGGCGUCUUCAGGGAUGUAGAGACCUGACCAAAGGUGUCUCAACUUACAGAUGUAUGCUGUAUGGAUUAUCCGUAAGCAUUAAAGAAGAAAACCUUCAUCAAAUGAGGUUUCAAUGGUCAAAACGUUCAAAAACACAGCUGGGACCAUUCGCUUCAUUUCUAGACAUUUUGAUUGACAUGGAAAAGCAGCAGAGGCUUAAAGAAGACAACCUGGAUGAACUGCUCGAUAUUCUGAAUAUAUGCGACAAAGAGCUGGCCUGGAAAAUAGAGGAGUUCAAGAAUAGGCACAGAGACCAGCAACAAGGGCAAGUGACAGAACAAGAACUCGCACUUCCUGAGGAGGAAUAUUAUACCAUGACCCAGCGGCCUGUAGGAUACUGUCUGAUCAUAAACAACUGCAACUUUCGUUCAACAAGUAUGUUAACCAACCGAACAGGCACAGAUAAAGACAGAGAUGAUCUCACCAGAGUGUUUCGCAAAAUGCAUUUUCUGGUUGAUGUCAGGAAUGACCUCCAAGCCGCAGAUAUGCUGAAUGUGAUGAAGGAGUUUGCACAGAAGGAUCAUUCUAGAAUGGAUGCUUUUGUCUGCUGCAUCCUCUCUCAUGGAGCACACAGCGCUGUGCUGGGCACAGACGGCAAAGAGAUUUUAAUCUGGGAUCUCACGUUGCCUCCCGCUGAAAGCCGCACACUUGUAAACAAACCCAAGCUUUUCUUCAUUCAGGGCUGUCGAGGUAGUAGGUUGCAUGAAGGACUGAGGAUAGAGACUGGCCAGGAGAAUAUCACAGCAGAUGGAGGAUAUGAAAAGGAUGCUCAAAUGGUUGUGCAGCACAGCAUCCCUCUGGAAGCUGAUUUUUUAAUUGGAAUGUCCACCGUAGAGCAUUAUGUGUCCUUCCGAAACACCACAAACGGGUCCUUCUAUAUCCAGGAGCUCUGUAGACAGCUGGAGAAUCUCUGUCCCAGAAAAGUGGAUAUCUUGUCCAUUCUGAUAUCGGUGAACCGUGAAGUGAGCAAAAAAAGUAUGAGGGGCUAUAAGCAGAUUCCUGAACCUCGGUAUACCUUAACCAAGAAAUUGGUUCUUCCUUGGAAUGAUACUCCUGAUUGCCCGCUAUAGGAAACUAUAAACAUUGCUUCAGGGAUGGUCAGAGUUCAAGGUUCAAGAAGCUUUAUUGUGCAAUGCAAUACACAAUGAAAUUAAACAACGUUUCUCCAGGACUAUGGAGCUACACAGAAUAACAGAGAGUUACAUAGACAAUGCAGAGCUACACAAGCAAAAAAACAACAACAACACAGAGCUACGUACUGCAAUAAGUGCAACAAUACAGAUAGUGCAAACAACAGAAUACCUCACAGGACAAAUACAUAGAAUAAAGCGCCGGCUAUAGUGCCACGUGACAUUGUAUCAAAUAAUGGAAGCAGUAGAAAGAGAUUAUUUAAUGACAAUUUGUUGCUUUGUUAGUGUUACUUAUAAAUUUCUUUCUUGUAUUCUCUUUUUCGGAUCCUGUUGUAGUUGUAUUCCUGUUGCCCCCCUAAAUUGCUCCCCCUACAACAAGUGUCUUGUUUUUACGUUUACACAGAACCCUUAUGCUUUUUCCAUAGAGACAAAGCGCAACAUGUCAUAACCUGAAAAAUCACGCCCACCGGGGGGAAAACAUUCCAUCCGUCUCCAUUGACUUUGUAUUGCGAGAGGCCGCCUCCUUGUCAUUUCUGGCUUAUAGCAAAAGCAGAAUAAUGCCCAAAAGCUGCUGCUAACAAGCCAAAAAAAAAACUAAAUACUUUUUUAUUAGCCGUCGACCCCAAAAAGCGAGCGUUUAAAGACACAAAAGUUGACACAGGCAACUUUUCAUAGUACUACUACUAUUGUUAGAACUAUGCCCACUGGAGGGACACGUAGUCGGCGAUCCACUUUUGUGUCUUUAAACGCUCGUUUUUGGGGUCCACAGCUUAUGAAAUUUUUUUUUUUUUUAGCUUGUUAGCUGUACACUUUGUCACACAGCAGCUUUAAGGCAUUAUUCUGUUUUUUGUUAUAAGCCAGAAAUGACAAGGAGGCAGCCUUGGAGGCAGAAUGGAGACGGAUGGAUUGUUUUCAUAUUAGCAUAACUGCGCUCUGUCUCUUUUCUUCAUAUGAUCUUGUUUUUAUUGAUUUCUGUUUCUGUUAUCAGAUCCUUAAUACAACCAUUUAGACACACACAGUUUGGGAUCAUUUAUCUCAAAAAGAAAUUUCACCAUCGUUAAAGUCAGUAAAAAGAUUUGUGUGUGUGUGUGUGUGUGUGUGUGUACCUGGUAAUUAUCACGUUGUGGGGACCAAUUGUCCCCACAAAGAUAGGAAUACCAGGUUUUUUGUGACCAUGUGGGGACAUUUUGAUGUCCCCAUGAGGAAACAAGCUUAUAAAUCAAACAAGAUGAUGUUUAUUGGUACAAGAAAGGUUUCUGUGAUGGUUGGGGUUAGGGAAUGGGGUAGGUAAGGGGAAUAGAAUAUACAGUUUGUAUGGUAUAAAACGCAUUACGUCUAUGGAAUGUCCCCACAAAACAUGGAAACCAGAAUGCGUGUGUGUGUGUGUGUGUGUGUGUGUGUGUGUGUGUGUGUGUGUGUGUGUGUGUGUGUGUGUGUGUGUGUGUGUGUGUGUGUGUGUGUGUGCAUGCAUGUGGAUAUCAAACACAUGCAAGUGGAUGUUGUACAGACCGCUUUGUUUGAUAAUACAUACACAUAAAUGAAUAGGUGAGCCUAUACAACACCCUCAAUGAAACCAACAUUUACACAAAUGCAGACACACACACAACUAUGCAUAGACAAACACACAUACGUUACAUAAACAAAAAAUUGAAUAAGGUGAUAACUGAGCAAUUUAAAAAAUUGUCAAUCAGCCAUUGUGCAGAACACACACACAAUUCAAGGAGAGAUCGUGAAGUCCCACCAAUGCAAGAUUUGAUGAUGCUUCCAGAUAAAAACAUUGCUAAAGUAAAGUUUUAAAGUCAUUCUGUAACAGCACAAUGGCAAAUAGGUUUAAUGUAUCAGAGACCCUGAAUCUCAUACUUGAUGUUUGAUGCUGAGAAUAUAAGUGAUUACAUUAUCCUACUUUGUAUUUUCUUUAUAACAUGGUCAGAUUUGUUUGUAAGCAUAUGGCAUCUUUGCACAGCCGUACCAACUAUUUUUAACUAUUCAACAUUGAUAUUUCAUGUAUUUGCUAUUUUAAAAUCACCAGAUGUCAAAAAACAAAAGUGUCAUUUAUUUUAAAAGUUUUUACUUUGCUGUAAUUAUUGGAAUAAAGUUUUUAUUCCCAAAAAUCAUGUUUUCGUCUGGAAAGAGGUUUGUUUAGUGAUAUUUAUGUUCUGUGCCAUUGAGGGAGCAGUCAGAUGGCGCCAUGUCUUCCACUGGUCCGUCACUAAAAUCCGUCACUAAACUCUGCUUUAUUUAAUCCUUGUUGGUGCAACCCACCCUAAGUUUGUUACAACAUUGCUUUGUAGAUUGCAUCCAGUAGUAUAGCUAUUGAAAUUACAUGUAGGCUAAUUGCAAUUUUGAUGUCACAAAAAACUAAAGUGGGACACAUUUUGGGGGAAUGAAGAUUUUCAUUGUCACUAAAUAUUAAUAAUUACUUAUUUUGUAUUUACAUUGAUAUUUCAAGUAAUUGCUAUUUUAAUUCCACCAGAUGUCACAAAAAGUGUAUUUAUUUUAAAUGUGUUAAAAUAGA